AAACUUGUUUGUCAGGAAACGGUUUAUACAAAGACAAGAGUAUACACCAUCCACUGCUCACACAAUCCACCUAUGGGAAGCAAGUUAUCUGAGUGCCUCUGUCGUGACAGAGAAGGUACAGUUACUCUGUAUUUAUAUAGAGUCCAAACAGGAAGUUUCAGGAUUAUGUGAGGCUCAAUCAGAGACAGGUAGAGGAACAGAGAGCUGAGGGAGAGAGGUGUGAUACGCUUUGACGGAUAGUGGAAAUAAAAAGCUUGGUGACGCUUUAACAGCCAUAGAUUCCUCAACACAGCCAUAAACAGAGGAAAAAACCCAGGAAACAGCCUCUCUCUGUUUGUCUCUGUUGGCUGCUUCCAUAGCAACUUCUGUCGUGAUAACACCAAGUUAAUUUCUAAAACACACACCAAAAAAAAAAAAAAAAGAACAUCACAAAGAGAGCAACAAUGCACCUUCCUCCCGAGGCGGCUGGAAAGGAUUCUGUGUAGAAAUAUACUGUAGAACUCCUGUAGAUCUGAUGAACAAUGUUUCUUCUCAAAUGGCCCGUUUGGUGCAUUUACUUCAUUCUGUGCUCUUCAUCCUCUGGCUUGGAGAUCAUAGAACAUCACAGCGAUGCAGUCAUUUGCCAACAGGCAUUCUCUGACUGCACCAUCAAGGAUGGUGUGUAUAAUCCAGGGGACACUGUGGAUAUUCAGUUUGAACCAUCUUUCAAGCUCUGCUGUGAGGCCAGAGGAAAUUGUACGCUUUGUCUUUUCAUAGACACAGAGGUCAGCAUUCCUACGGAGGUGGAAAAUGAAAGCCACUCUGGCGAUGAUGAGGAAGAAUACAGUGAGAACACAAGGAAUGAAAAGUCGUCUGUGACAAUAUGCUACCAGCAAGCAGCCAGCACUGUGCCAAUAUGCAAGAAGGUGGAGUUUACUGUUAAUUACCCAAUUCUUACUCACCAGAACAAGAGCAAGAUUUCAAUGGUGAUCACAGAUGAAUUCCAUUUUAGCAGCAAAUUAUCUGUUUAUCCCAACAAAUUAAAUUCCCCAAAGAAAGAAGUUGUUGCUCCUUCAGAGGAAAAAGUGUGUUCCCAGAAGCUUAGGCAGAAAUAUAUACCCGUGUGUCCAGUUCAGAAAUUCCUCAUCAAUCAUGUUUUAAAGGAAAAUCACAUUGAGCUGCAGAUUGAGGGCAACAACAAGUCCCCUCCCUCUCUGUGUGUCAAAUACGAGGAGAACGGACACUGCCGGAGGCUGACCCAGACCAUCAUUCAUCUGUCCUCCAUUGCCCCGUGCAUGUGCAUACAGGCAUGGGAUGAAGAUGAUUUGGGACCUUGGCGCACUCAAACGUGCCCCUUUAACAAAACAGGAUUGCCAUCUGAAUUAAAACACUUGAUGUGGAAGAAUAUAUCUGUGAAUGUGCGUCUGAGUAAAAUAUUCGACGGGAGCUCAGUACUUUUAUGGAACCUUACUGCCCCCUGCAGGCUGACUGGUGAAGUGUCGCUCUGUUAUAAAGCAAGCAUCUGCAAGGGGGGAAAUAAGGAAAGGCAGGCCAUUAAUGCUGUGAGCAAAUGGAGACAGAACAGCAAGGACGUUUGGGAAACACAAGGUGCAUUUGAAAAUGUUGAUGAAUGGAUAUCUCAGUGUGUGAUGGUGAAAAUAAAAGGAGCACAGCAGGAAUUUGGUCCAUUCUGUGCUUUUGACACUGGUAGAUUCCGCUGGACCCUCCUGGUUGUUGGUGUUAUGCUUCUUGUUUCUCUAACUGGACUAAUGAUUUAUUUUCUUCGUGAUUAUGUAAAAAAAUGGGCAUGGAGCUGGCGACACGGUGGAUUUGUAAAGAUUGGCAAAAAGGGGCAUGUGGUGCUGCUCAGCCCCCCAGACGUGGAUAAAUCAGUUUCAGAAUCAAUUUGUCAGCUGGGUACUCAGCUCUGCAGCCAAGGGUUCAGUGUGUCUGUGGACCAGUGGUGCAGGAGGGAUCAAUGCACAAUGGGACCUUUGCCAUGGCUCUACUCCCAACUGCAGAAGCUGGACACUAUGGGUGGUCGAAUUCUGCUUGUUCUAAACCAGAAAGCCCUUGAAAAAACCGAAGAGUGGACCCUCCUGAACCAAGACAGAGAAGUAGGGGAUCAACAACAGACAAGGUCGACUUAUUCUGAUCUAUUUACAGCUUCGCUGUUCAUCAUUCAAGCCCACAAGAGGCUGGGCACGGCGGCUGAUCGCUUUGUUCUGGUGAAAGUUGACUCUCCACAGAGACAGACUCACAGCAGUGACAGGAGGCUUCCAGAGUUGCUUCAAGGUCUCCCUUUAUUUUGGCUCCCGUCUCAGAGCCACUCACUCGCAGCUGAGCUGACUGUGGUAGAGACAAACAUGGAGGCAAGGUAAAAGACACAGAAAGGUUGGAAGGGGGAGACUUGAAACGGAUUAAUAUGAAGACCAUAAUACUAAACAUUUACAAAUAAUGAUUUUAAACAAAUAUUUGUGAGCCUAAAAGAAUGUAAAUAUUGCUACAGAACAGGGUGGGCAUGAAGGAGAUUGUCAUCUGGACUGAAUAUGAGAUAAAAGAAGAAUCUUUAAGUGCUAAUCUUUUCUAAAUUACAUUACAGCUUAGAACUCUAUAUGCAAGGGUCUGAUGACAAAUUUAAAGUAGAUACUUGUAUUGAAAAAGUCUUGUUUUGUUAUAAAUCCAGACUGGUUGAUCAAAGUAAUGGCUAGUCUGACAGAGUCCCAAACCAAUUUAGACUUUGGCUAUCUUAAAUUAAUUAUAAUUUUUAAACUCCAAAUCAGUUUAAGCAAUUGAUAAAUCUUUCAAAUUUAAUUACUGGCAUUGGCCAGUUAUUUGUAGAAAAGCACAUAUUCUAAUACAAUUGUAAAAGUUGAGAAGUGCGCCACAAAAUGGGUACAGAAAAAAAAAAUUAUAAAAGGUAACGUGGUGUAAAAGUAGUAUUUACUGCUCUACUUUUAUAUAAGACAGCUUGAGUGGAAAAGCUUUAUCCGUAUUUAGUACAUUUCACACAGGAAAAUUAUGACAAUAAGCUGAAAUAAUUAGGGUUACCAAAAAUGUUAUGAUGACGUUUCAAAAUUAGAUUUUUUUUUUCCAGAACAGCCCCUUUUGUUCUUGGCUCCUCUAGGGGGAGCUGUUAGCUUCAUCUUCUAGGACUAUUUCACACUUUUGCUAAAUGGAUUGCUAUUAUUUUCUCCAGUUUACAGGCUUUUAACAGAACCUACUUCAUUAUCAUGAACUGGGCCUUUAAUUAUAUGUUUAUAAUUCAGUAAAUAUAAUGGAAAGGCUGGCCUUGCUUUUAUUCCUUUGCUGGAAAUCUGAAAGUGUCUUUUGAAGUGAGGAAAGUGCAGAAAUUUUAAAUACAUUUGAAUAACAGUGUAGUAAUUCAAUUAUGUAUAAAAAGCAAGAUUGUAAUAAAUAAAAUGUAUUUUUACUGUACAUAAAUUGUAAAUAUAUAUUUUUUUAACUUAAUUUUGGUCUAUAACCUUAAAAGUUAUAAAAUGACCUGACAACUCAUUUUCCAAAUAAAUAGCAUCAAUAUGACUAGUUUAUCUUUAAGAUGAAAAUUUUUUUAACUUACAUGUUUAAAAUGAGCACCCUAAGCCUGAGUGGAUUAGGUACUAAUACUAGAUAUUUUUAAGGCAAUCCAGGGGGGCGGUGAUAAGAAAUACGGCUGCUGAUCAGAGGCCCCGCUCUGAUAGGUAGUUUGGUGGCAGUUUACCUUCAAAUAGAUCAUGUCUAAAAGGUGGAUCCGUCCAAGAAGGUAAACAGUCAUAAAAUACGCUUUUAUUGACUGUGAAUGUUGCUUUAGUAUCAGUUUUUCUGUAAAUUAAUAUUUGUCUUUAUUUUGCUAUUUUAAGUGAUGCACUAUCCAGUAGUCAUAUACUUGUUCUUUGAGUUUAUUUAAAAUGUUUUAUCCAGUUUCCAUGUUGUGCCAAAGGCUACUGUUUUAUAUUAUCUUGUUGAACUUUUGCUUUGUUUAUUGUUUACAAGUAAUGUAUUUAUAAUUGAAGGCUUACUGUAAGACUGGAAAGAGUCAGGGAAGCCUGCAAUGCCAACGCGUAUUUUAAUAUUCUAAAAAGUAUUGGUACUGAUUGAUUUGAUUGAUCUUCUGUACUUUAUAGCCUAGACUCUUCAUAACCUUCUUUUCAGACACUAAAUAAACCCCACUUCAAUAGAUCAAAUAUAUGAAUUCCCUGUGUAAAACACAUUAUUUACAGUAAAUAAAUUGUCUUCAAGCCUAUAUUUUCAUUUUUUAUGAUUUUUUUCACUUAAAGAUAACAAGAAAUUAAAGAUUACAAUAAUAAAUUGGAUUAAAAAAGUUAAAAUAGUUCAUUUUAAAGGGCAUUUUUAAUUCGUUGAGCAAAAAUAACUGUGAUAAUAUUCUAACAAGCCCACUUUAGACUCGAAAUCCUGAGGGGUCCAUAUGCACAUGGUGGCUGGGUGUUAACUCUGGGGGUUUGUCAUCAAUGUUGAACCUUUACCAUGCAUAAUGUAGAGAGAUAUUAUCAGAUGACAAAUUUAAGCUGAUGUAGAUAAAUUUGUGUAAAAAUUAGCUACACACCAAAUUCCUGGAAAUAACAUAUUUAAAGAGAGUGUUCCUUUGUUUCAUGACUGUUAUGCAACUUUAAAAUGGAAUUCUGAUGUUGAAACAGCAGGAAAGAAAAUACUCAGUUCCCCUGAAAUAUGACAUGGCAAUUUUAAAUAUUUAAUUAAAUUUUGAACUUUAUUGAUCUCACAUUGGAGAAAUUGAGCUCUGCAUUUAACCCAUCCACUUGGGACCAAGAGUGGCAGUCUGUGGGAGUGGGGCUCAAACCCAUAACCUCAGGAUUCCAAGCUCUAUUCACUGAACACUAGUCCGCCACUCCCCUCUGAACAUGAAGUAUGGUUCAAUAAUAGUCAUAUUGAAUCUAUGUCAUUUACAAAUGAUAGAAUAGUUUCUUGAUCUCAUAUUUAGACUGUAUUAAAAGUAGAACUUGUUUUUGAAACUCACAGGUGCCCUCACAUCUAAAUCCUCCUUGUUGUUAAACAACUACUAGAAACUGAAUUAUCUUGAUUUGAUAGGUAAAUUGUCUGCAUUUAUACGGCACCUUUCAGGUAAGGUUACUCCAAAGCUCUUUACAUUACAUCUAGUCAUUCACCCACUGAUGGUGGAAAGCUAUACAGGCACCCAGGGGCACGCUGACGGAAGCGAGGCUGCUGUAUACAGACAUCACCAGGCCCUUGGAUCACCAUCAGUAGGCAGUGUAGCGAUAUGUCUUGCCCAAAACACAACAGCAAAGACAGAUUGAGCUGGGGUUUGAACCACUGGCCCACAUGUUACAAGACAUUGUCAUGAUAUUCUGGUGCCAGCACUUUACUGCAGAAGUUGAAUGCAAUCCAUGUGCAUAUGUGGGUUCUGCUCCAAAGUCUGAGUAUAUUCCUAAAAUCUGAGUAUCAUCAAAUUAUCGUCCGAUAAUUUGUUCUCUUUACUCGUUUAUUAGGUUUUGUGUGAGAUGGUGGUUCUUGUUUUAGUUUGGUAAUCUUAUUGCUCUUAUUGUUUUCAUCAUGCUUUCCCUGUAACACCUACGGUAGUGGCCAUUCAUAAUUUCUCCACUUUCCUUGAUGGCUGCUUGGCUAGUCCUAAACAAUUCAUUUUUAAGGAUCUAAAAUAUUCUUUCUGUCAUGAUUUGUGGACAUUAAGAU